ACUAAACUAUAAUGUAAAAUCCAAAACUAUUAUAACCCUGGUUGGGAGUUAGCUUUUUCUUUGCUUUUGUCAGGACAUUUUUCACAAACAUGAAUAUAAACUGUGAACGCUUUCCUAACCGAUGCUGGAAACAAUUCCUGAUGAUACAUAUAGAGCCGGCCCAUAUCUGGAAAAAAACAGACAUAACAGCUAAAGUUGUAACAGCAAUGGUAUAUCCUGAGAAAUAAAGAAACAAACAUGAUAAGCAGAAAAAAAUUAAACUGUCAUUGUGCUGUAACAAAACAUUUACCUUCAGGCACAGUGAGGAUGAGUAUGGAGGAGACUCCUUCAAUCAGAAGGGUUGCUAUCAAUAAUAUUUUUCUCCCAAAAAGAAGAAGAAGAAGAAAAAAAAAACAGCCUUUAUUGUCCCACAAAGGUGAAAUUCAGCAGUUUCUGUAUCAUGUUUAUUUCUCCUGGAAAGUUUUAACAUGGGAGUCUAUGGGGACUGACUCACUGAGGUGCCUCAGCUGGACAGCAGAGAAACUGCAGCCUGGGGCUUAUAAUUAGGGAAGUGCGCAACUGGUCAGGUACACAGCUAAUCAUCACUAUUGUCACUUCAUUGUACUAGUCAUUAAACCUAAUUAUUAAGAUUUUAAUUGAUGCCCAGUGCCUGUAAAUUGUUGUGUCCUGAAUGUUAUGCAGCCAUCUGCCACCAGAUGGCGCUUCAACCACGACAUAAUUGUAGAAAAACACCAUGAGUCUGUUAACCUAGGCAUGAUUUUUGUCUUAGGCCUAUUUGUGUUGGUUAGUUUGGAGGUCAAAGAAUGAGAUCACAGAUACGUAUGACGUGCAGUGUUCAUAAUGCACGAGGCCAGGAGGCAGACAGCAUUUAAACUAUGAUUCAUUAUUGAAGAAUGUGAGCAGUGGUUUCAAAUGCCUUUGUUUACUCAGGUUUUGAAAUUGUCCAUGAAACAGUUCUCAGAUUAAACCUGAGUGAAUCUUAGUUUUAGGCUAGUCCUACAAAGGAAUUAGUCUCCAGGAACACCCCUUAUAAUGAUCAUAACAAACAUAAAUGCUUGUGUAUGAGGGGGGCUGAGGCUCUGGUGUCAUGUGACACAGAGUCACAUCUCAGCUGGUAAAAAUAGCAGCAUGGGUCACACACACAAACACACAGAGCUGUGAUCUGACCGUGUGUGUGUGUGUGUGUGUGUGUGUGUGUGAGUGAGUUUCAGUGUCAGUAAACAAGUUGGUUAAAGUGAGCUGACGGCCGGACGGGAGCAGGUCUCAAGAUCUUCAGACCCUGGUCUCCUCCUCCUCCUUCUCCUCAGCAGCAGAGAUGGGUCUGGAGAGGAAGCUGGAUGUCCCAGUCUACGAUCUCUCACUGUUAAGAGGAAUGUGGGAGGUCCGAGUAAAAAAACACAAAGAGAGGCAGAAGAAGGAGCAGGAGAGGAUUGAGCAGAGCGCCCUCGCCAGGAUCGACCAGCAGUGGCAGUAUCGCAUCUACUGUAAGACCCUGAAGACCACCGAGCUGAAUGUGCUGCAUCAUUACCUGGAGAGGUCAACGCUGACGGACAUACAGCUGUGCACAGACGAGCAGCAGGAACAGAACAUCCAGCAGGAUCCCAAUGAGGGGAAACUGAUCUUCCAGCUGGAGGGAGAACGCUGGAUGAAUUUUCCCCAUGAGCUUCAGUGGAUGACCUACCUGAAGGAGUGGCAUGUCAGGGGGACGAAGAUCUGCCGGCUGCCUGACUACCUGGCUCUGUUUACCCAGCUCACUGUGCUGGAUAUCCCCAAAAACACCAUUGUUGAGCUGCCCCCUGAGAUCGGUAAGCUGACAGCACUGAGGGAGCUGAACGUCAGCUACAACCGACUGUCCAGAGUUCCUCCAGAGCUCGGAAACUGUGAAAACCUGGAGCGGCUCCAACUCACUGGAAACUACAACCUGUCCGAGCUGCCGUUUGAGCUGAGCAGCCUGAAACAGCUGGUUCAACUGGACAUCGCAGAGAACAGGUUUGUCUCAAUCCCCAUCUGCGCUCUGAGGAUGACGAGCCUGAAGCUGUUGGACCUCAGCAACAACAGCAUGACUGACCUGCCACAGGACAUGGACAGGCUGGAGCAGCUCGUCACGCUGUUCAUCCAUAAGAACAACUUGACUUACCUCCCUCACUGUCUCACCAACAUCGCUACGCUCGAGAUGAUUGUCGUCAGCGGUGAUGAGCUCACCUGCAUCCCAACCAAACUCUGCCACAACCCCAAAAUCAAGUUCAUUCGACUCUACGACAACCCUGCAAGUAAAGAGAAGAGGAAGAAAGAGGAGGAGGAGAAGAAGAAAGUGGACAAGAUGAGGAGGUGGAGGGGGCAGAGGGAGGCAGAGGAGGUGAAGAAGGACAGCGGUGAGAAAGAGUUCAUCGAGGCGUACAUCAGCUCGCUGCAGGACAGAGAAACCGUCCCCUACGCAACCACCAAGGUCUCCAUUUCCUGUCUGCUGUGAGGAAGAGGAGGAGGAAGGUUAAGCUGACAUUAUAACACUAGUGACUCAAAUAUGGCAGCAUAGAGAAAUUUUAAUGUGAGCUACUGAAUAUUAGAAAACCAAAAAAAACAAUUAAAACUCAAAACUGGAUUUUGCCAGAUGCUAGCAUGCUAACAGCAGUUAACGCUGUCGACGAUGUGAAAAUGUGUUUUAAAGAAAAUAUUUUUAUUAAAGUCUGAGACAGGAAGUUAAAAUGUUUAUUAAUUCACAUUUCUGUCACUUGUUGCUUGAUCAGAUUUGUGUAAUUGAUGUGUCUUCAAACUUUAUCAUUUAGUAUGAAAAAUGGACGUGAAUCAUUUUAAUGAACACAAGAUGCUACGGUCAGGAUGUGGACUUUAUUAUCACAACUCUGAAUUCUAAUUUCUCUUUAUUUGUGUCAUUUCAUCGUUUUCUUCUUUUCUGGCAGGAAUGAACUUCUGUAGCUUUUAAUCAUCAGUGAAGGAAUUUCUGGAAACAAAUAUCAAAUCCAUUUGUGUCCUUUUAUUUAUCAGUUCUAUUCUUUUUUGUUGUGCUUUAAAAAUAUUAAUACGUGAAAAUAUUGCAUUAAAAAGGUUUUUCAUUCCAAAUUUAGAUUUCCAGAUUUAUAAAUAAGAACACACUGAAGUUAAUUUCUCUAUGAUCCAGAGCAAACUUUACUGUUUUAUAAAGAUUCAUCUUUGAAGGUGACAUUUCUCAGAGUUUUUGCGAUGAUUUCUGUGUUUAAAGGUUUUUGGAGUUUUUCUGGAUUCUUUGCUGAAAGUGUGAAAGUUGAGACCAAAUAGAGAAAAAGGUUGAAAUAUUUUAUGUUUCACAUGAUUUAAUAGAUGGUAUUAAGUACACAGAGUGUAAUAUUUUUGUUUGAAAUUGUGUUUUCGUGUUGCAGCGAAAGUUCAUCAAAUAAAAAUGGAGUAAUUUUGUGCCUUAAAAUGUAUAAAAAGAACAUUUUGUGUAUUAUGAACACAGUGAUUCUUCUGUGAAAAAUAAGGUUUUAUUUUUGUAUUUGGAGGUGAUU